AUGCAAACCCUCUAUUCCUUUGAUCCUUACAGAUUACUCCUCUCUAAUUUUUGUGUCACUCCAAUUGAUGAAAUCCAUUAGAAUUAAUUAGAAUAACUCAAUACUUUGAACUAACAUUUAAAUAAACCUUCUUUGCAGUACCAAAUACUUACUUUAAAAGCAACAUUCCAUAUUGUUUCAUUAAGAGUUUUAAGAUAAUCAAACAAAUAACAUUUAGACAUUUAAGUGAUGAAAACGAGUUUAUUCUAAAUUCAAAAAAUACACAAGUUGUAUAGCGCUGCCCUUUGUUUUUUAAAUAUGAUUUCUUGUUUAGGUAGCAAUUAUGCAUUCGUUUCAAAAAUAUUUUUUAUUUUUAUUGCUUAAAAGCUAAUAAAAAUUCUAUGA